AUGAAACCAUCUAAACUGCAAGAUCAUCUGAGAAGAUGCCACCCUGAUAAAUCAGAGAAAGAUUUGAAAUACUUUCAAACACUCAAAGAUAAAUUUCAGAAGAGACCUACACUGGACAGAAUGUUCGCUUCGACGUCGCAAAGAAAUGGUGAUGGUUUGCGGGCGUCUUACAAUAUCUCGUUAGUUAUAGCAAAAUCCGGAAAACCGCAUCCUAUCGGAGAGAAGUUAAUUUUCCCACCCGUUGAAGAGGUUUUAAAAACUGUUUUACAUAAACCUGCAUCUGAUAUCAUUAAAAGAAUUUCCUUAAGCGACAAUACUGUUGAAAGACGUAUUGAUGAAAUGAGUUCUGAUAUUGAAAGCUUCUUAUGUAAUUAUUUGCAAACGACCCAUUUCUCUAUACAACUGGACGAGUCAACUUUACCAGAUAAUGCAGCAUUAUUAUUGGCAUAUGUUCGUUUUAUUAUGAAUCAAGAAAUCUACGAAGAACUGCUCUUCGCAAGAACUUUGAUAACCGACACUAAAGAUUUUGAAUCUAGGUUUGAGGAUAUUUUGACUAUGGUAAUACCACCGUGGAUAAUUAAUCCAUAUGGUGACAUAGAAGAAACGAAUGUCAUAAUACAAGAGGAACUGACUGAACUAAGUACAAACGAACAACUUAAGAAUUCAUACAGAAAAAUGCAUUCUAAAAUUAGCAAUAUGGAGUCCCAGGACGCUACAACAAAAAGAAAACUUUCUAUGAAGCAACUUAAAAAAAAUAGUUCAGCUUACUUGCGCCAACGAGAAAAAGCCAAUGCAAGAAAAAAGAAAUUCUUAGAUAAGAUGACAGAGGAAGAGAUAGAGAUCAAAAGGGCUAAGGAUAGAGCAUACUAUCGGAAAAAGAAAACUGAGAAGAAAGUUAAAAACAUUGCUGAGAUGACUGAAAGAGAAAAGCGAAAGCAAAGAAAAAUUUGGAAAGAAGCGUCAAAGAAAUACAGAGAAAAGAAAAAGACAUUAUCAACUAUACUAAACAAUACUCCGCCACAUUCCGAUGAUGAGUUAGCUGCAACACCUUCAGUAAGAAAAACAGUGGGUAGAAAAAUUGUGCGGAAGGACAGAGCCAAAGCAUAUAGUAAAAUCAAACAACAGGAGAAAACAAUUGCUAAAAUUACACGUAAAUAUGAAACCUUGAAUAAAAAACUAAGAAGAAAAGAAAAUAGAGAACAGGAGAAAUCUCAGCCACCAACAACUCCUAACAGCAAGGUUGACGCAUUGAUAAAAAAUGUUGACGUCCCUCCUGAGGUGCGCAAGAAUCUUUUAUUUAACGAAGUACUGACUACGCAUUUAAAAGAAAAAGCUGGUAGUUUGAAAAAAAACUCUAAAGAGAAUGAAGUCUUCCAAAAAUGUGUCAGCGGUGAUUUGGUAAGGAAAUACAAAUUGCUUCAUAUGGUUAAGACUUUUUUGCCAAAAGAAAGAACCAGUACAUCGAUUUUGAAGUCGGAUACCAAAAUUCGUGAGGUUGUGUUGAAGCACGAUAUUCGUCAAAAAGUUGAAGAUUUCUUCCAGAGUGACGAUAUCAGUAGGAUGUGCCCAGCUAAGAGAGAUUUUGUGAAAAAAAAAACGGCAUUAAGAAACAAAAACGCAUCCUUUUACUUCCUGUUAAAGAACUGA